UCUCUGGGCUGGAUGCAGGACGCCGCCAGCAGCCGGGCUGUCCUGCGUCAACAUGUCAGUCGUCGUUUGAUUUGAAUUAACAGUUGGCACCAUGAGCUGCGAUUAAAAAAACAAAGUGCGUGCAUGCGCGCCAUCGGAUGAACAGCAUCUGCCGCGCGUCUCCGCGUCUAAUCAUUCAGCAUCUGGUGCGUAUAGUACGAUGGGAAGCCCCCUUUUCGGCGUCACUCCGCUUGCAAUGGCAGGAAUGCGCGUGUAGCUCCGUUUCCCACCUUUUUGGACGAAACAUUUGGAUUACACUUGGGUGAAAACAUGGCGACGGGAACAGGCUGGCAGCCCGCAUACGGAACCUCGACGAGCGGCUCCAGUAGCAGCGGCGGCGGCGGCGGCGGCGGCGGCGGCAGCGCAUCCAAAUACAUCUCGCCGUCAACAUCCAGCUUGUUCUACGACGGGAGUUUAACGCUGGAAUACACGCAAGACCUCCAUUUGAAGAUGAGCAAGAAGAUUGCGCAGCUGACCAAGGUUAUUUAUGCUCUCAACACCAAGAACGACGAACAUGAAGAGGAAAUUGAUUCGCUGAAGGAAGCACACGAGGAUGAGGUGCAGCACAUUGUGACAGAAACCCGAGACAAAAUUAUGCAGUACAAGAGCAAGAUGGUAGACGAGGCCGACCUACGGCGGCGGCUGGCCAGUCUAGAGGAAUCAGUCGGACUUCACGAACACAUGAAAAGACAGGCUCUGGCAGAGUUCGAGAUGUACAGACAAAGAAUGGAGGAUUCACAACUCUGCACGGAAGCCCAACACACACAGCGGGUGGUUUCUAUGAGCAGAGAGGUGGAGGAGAUGCGCCGGGAUUUUGAGGAGAAGCUGCGAGCAUUCAGCCAGGCACAGGCCCAGUUUGAGGCGGAUAAGCGUCGAGCACUGGAGGAACUGAGGUCCAACCACCGCCAGGAGGUGGAGGAACUCCUAAACAGCCAGCAGAACCAGAGUGCCACCUCCACUGAAGACCAGGAGAAAUUGGCUGAGCUCCAUAGACAAGAGGUGGACUCCUUGAUGGAAAGGGUGGAAGAACUGACAAAGGAUAAGGUUCGGGUGGUGGAGGAGUAUGAGGCCAAACUGGCCAAGGCUCAAGAGUACUACGAACGGGAGUUGGAGGCCAUGACAAGGACGCACCAGCUCACCACCGAAAACCUGCUGGCCUGGAAAAGGACCGAGGUUGAGCUCCGCAAAGAGUUCCAGUCACAGGAGGCGGCACUGCAGCGUUCACUAUCAAAGCUGAGAAGUGAGCUUCAGAGAGCCCAGGAGGAGGCCCGUGAGAACCGGGACAAGACAAACAGAUUGCAGACAUCACUGGUUAAUGCUGAGGGAACCAUUAAGAACCUGCACAAGCAGCUGGAAGAAGCCAUCCAGGACGGUGAGAUCUGGGUAAUGCAGUUGAAGGACACCGAGUAUGAACUGGAGGGCUGUAGGGAACGAGUACAGCAGCAGGCAACGGAGAUCCUCCACAAAGCUAGUCAGAUCGGAUCCCUACAGGCCACUCAGAUGGCCCACGAGGCAUCCAUCAGGAACCUGGACCAAGAGCAAAGUCGACUGAAGGAGAAGAUUGGUAGGCUGGAGAAGGAGCGGGAGGCCCUGCUUAACCAGAACCAGGUGGCCAGCGAGCAGCAUAAACAGCAAGUGCUAAAACUGGAGCAGUCUCUGCGUGAGGAGCACCAGGGCUAUGAGAAAGAGCUCUCCAGACUGAGAGCUCACUAUGAAGAGGAGACGCGUCGCUACAAGGAGGCACAAAUCAGGGCGUUGGAGGAGAUGGAGGAGAAACACCGAGCCAUGAGGGAGGAGGCUCAACAGGAGAAAGAGGAAGAGAAGAAGCUUCUAAUGAUGAAAAUGAGUCAGGAGUUUGAGAUAAAGCGUCUGUCUCUGGAGGAACAGCGAGACCGAGUGCAGCAACAGCUGGACAACUUGAAAGAAGAGCUCUCUGCCAAACUCAACAUGGCCAAUCAAGAGGUGUCCCACCUCCAGGAGCUUGUGAGAGAGAGGGACCAGAACGUUAGCUCAGCACAGAACCAAAUCACUUGUUUGAGGGAGACACAGGAAAAGCUCAAGAUCGAACUGGACGCAACUAGAGCUCGGGUUCGAGAGACCAGCAACCUGCUAACAGAUUUACAGGAGGAGAUUGAGACACAGAAGCAACAGCAUGAAGCCCGAGUGAUGUCCAUCCGAACUGAAGAGAAGCAGAAAAUGGACAAAAUGGCUGACAACUUGGAGCAAAAAUGGAGAGAAGCGCUUCGUGAAGAAGUGCGUCUACUGAGGGAGGAGCUGAGCGAGGAAUACGAUGUUGACAAGCAGGCAGCCCUGACUCAACUCUCUCAGCAGAAGGAGCUGGAAAUGAUGGCGGCCAGAGAGAGCUGGCAAAGGAAGGUGGAGGACUUGCUCGAACAGAUCUCGCUGUUGAAACAGUCUCUGGAGCUGCAGCUGUCUCAGUCACAGGCAGCCCUUCAGCAGCUGCAGUCUCAGUUUAACCAGGAGAGGGAGCUGCUGGGUCAACAGCUCAAAGAGAUGCAGAGAGAACACCAGAGGAGAGAACACCGGCUACAAGAGGCUCACUGCUGUGCAUUGAGCACCAUGGAGGAGGCCCGGCAGCAUCAAAUCAGGGCCCUUGAGGAACGUCUAAAGCAGGAACAAAGAGAGGAAGUUCAUGCUCUUAAGGAAGCCCACAGGAGAACCUUGGAGAUCCUCAGACAACAGUCAGACCAGGAGCUGCAGACGUUGAGAUUUGAACUGGAAGAUGAAGGCAAAGCAAAGCUAGCGUCACUCCGUGCUGAGCUAAACCACCUCCACGCGACAGCAAUCGAGCAUCUGAAGCAGAUCCACCUGAAAGAAAACUCUAAUGCUAAACGGGAGCUAGAGAAGGCCAUGGAGCAGAGCCGUCAACAGGAGCAAGAGCUGUUAGUUCGAAUCUCAGACUUUCAGGCAGAAGUGCUUUCCCGUAGUAACCGCAUCACAGAUCUAGACCAUGAAAUCCACACUUUAAAUGAGACCAUUGACACCCUUACCCGAGAACUGGAGUUGAAGGGUAAAGAGGUGCUUCGGGUUCGCAGUGAAGCAAAUCAUCAGAUAAGGGCUCAUGAACAAGACUUUGCCAAGAGGCAAGAGAGGGAGUUGGGGGAGCUCACUGUGGUCCAUCACAGAGAAACUCAUAUCAUGUUGGCAGACUUCAACAAAGCUCAAGAGGUUCUCAAAGACAAGAUCACUGCUUUGCAAAUAAUACUGGAGGGGACCGAAGAGAAGUUGCGAAACAGAGAGAGCCGGCCUGAAGACCUACAUCUUAUCGCAGAGCUCCGUGAGAUGGUCUCAGAGAGAGAGGCUUUGGUCAAAAAGCUUGUGGAUGACAAAAAGUUUUAUCAGCUGGAGUUGGUCAACAGAGAAACAGGUUUCAGCAAGGUCUUUAACUCCAGUGCCAAUGUUGGGGUUAUCAACCCUCUGAUCAAGCCUUCAUGAGGCAAAUGCAACGUCGUCAGACAGCAAAGCAAUGGAGGAAGGAAAAAGCAAAGUUUUCACUGCAAAAAAAGAGGAGCUGUAUGCUCACUGCUUCUCUUUCUGAUGGCUAAAUGCAAUUCUGUUCCGCCGGGAUGCAAUGGGACACAUAACUACAUUUGGAGAACAGUUUAACUCAAGUUUCGGCAAGGGGAGAGGCACUGUUAUACAAUCACACCUGUGCAAAUACAUAGCAAGAUAGACACUUUGGAAUAUUUCUCCUGAUCUCCUUUAUUUUCUUUUCUUUUCUUUUUUUAGAUUUUUUAAAACCUUUAGGAAAUCUAGUUUGAUAUGCAGAUACUUUUUGAAUGCCCUUUGGUGAUUCUAGUCAGGUUCUGGCCUCCUUAGACCAAUUGUAGCUAUCUGUCUCAUUGCAUUGACUGUACAAAUUCAGUGCAACCUCUGAGCUUACUAUGAGGCACCAGCAGUCUGGGAAACGGGAGCUAGUGACAUAGGGGCUCUUUUACAAUUCAAAUAUUUUUGAUGUACUGAAAAACUGUACGUUUGUGGUCUGACAUCAGACCAGAGACAUUCAGAGAAGAAGCUCUAUGGGGAAAAUUAGUAAUCAAGCCUCUCGUGCUUUUAUUUAUCUGGUUGCACAGAAGAAGCAUUGAAUUUAUAUGCUGUUUGUGUCUCUGCCUGCACUACAGACCAUAGAGCAUGCAAAAACAAAUCACUCUUGUAAUGCCGCUGUUGCUCACUUGAAAUGUCACCAUGCUUUUUUUUUUUUUUUUUUUUUUUUUUUGUGGUACUGUCCAUUUAGAAAAAACAAACGAACAACAAAACCUUUCUUGUGAAUUAUUUUUUACGUGUAAAAGUCCAUGAUGGCCAUUCGGUAUCCUGCACAGUUUCCAACUGCAUGAUCAUCAUCUGCCCAGACAGGAAGAGUAGUGCAUCACCUUGAAAGAUGUUGCUCAAAUUGACUCAACUUAGUCAUAGUUGCAUUAACAAUAGAUCACAGAGCCAGCUUUGAAAGGAAUGAUAUUAAUUUUUAGUGCAAUCUAGUGGUAAACCUCCAGAUUGCAUGUAGCUCAUUACUCUUUUCUUUCUCUCGCUUUCUCUCUCUCUUUCUCUACAUACAUAAUACAUACACAUAUAUAUUUUUGUGUAUAUAUACACAUAUAUGGCGGAAAACACAGAUAACUUGAAAAUCCGCUCUGAGCCCCCCAAUUUGGCCAAAUUUCAAAAUUGUCCGAUAUGCAUAUGUGAUACAUCAUUGGAAAGCUUAAAACCUCAAUCUUCUGGGGGAAGAAAAUUUUUGAACAGGAGGGCAUUUUUUAAAACAAAACAUUUUUUUAAACAGCAAAACCCUAACUGGAGGUGAGAGCACGCGAGAGCAUAAUUAAAGACGCCAUGAUUUUAACGAGACAUUAUCGCGUACUUAUCUUGCUUUGAUCCAAAAACUCAAUGUAGCACGUAUCAUUCAGUGUAAAGAAACAGAUGUGAAUGGCCACAGCCGGAUUUUGGGGGGAUUUUAUGGGUGAAACAUGGUAAUAUAACCAGGGUCGUGAAGCAGAAAUCGCAGACAUCAAGGAGUGGUCGAGAUGUUCUUUUUCAUAUAUUUACCAUUUUAAUCGGGUUUUUUUUUUUUUUGUUUGUUUGUUUUUUUCCCCUUUGUUUGGAUUGCUUAAUAUCAUCUAACAUAUCAGAGAAAAUGCAACAGUCAUAACAAAAAGAAAUAAAAUCAAGCCAUAGUUAUGCGGUAGAUAUCCGUUACUUAUUUACAGACAGCAUUUUUUUCAUUGAGACGUAAUUUGUUUAAAAGUUUAAAAUAUUCGAGUGAAUUUUUUAAAGUAGUUUUUUUUUUUUU